CGAACUUGUGGAAGAAAAUCCCCAGUUCUUUAUUUGAAAAUGUCAAGAAAUCAUAUAAUUGGCAUCGCUUCAACUCUUGCAGUUGCUGGGAUUACAUACAUCACAUUCUGGGCAACUCAUGGGAAAAAGGACAAGGAUGCAGAUCAUCAAAUGGUUCCGGAAAAAAUAGAAAGCAGUCCGAAGAUGAAAACUAAACUUUCCAAGAUGCCUGUUGAUGUUGUACCGAGCAAGCUUAAGUUGAUAACUCCCGAAGUACCAGCUAAACCUGCACCGACUGAUCCGCUACCCAACCUAGAGUCUCCAGAGAAAACCAGCGACAACAUACAAUCCACGUCUUCCGGCUAGGUAAGGAUGGAUGAGGAAAGAAGAGUAUCUGAAUAGUGAAUAUGGAAUAUUCAUAUUAUAUAUAUAUAUAUAUAUAUAUAUAUAUUCAUUCAUAAAAAUAACAACAAUAAAUAUAUAGUUUCAUA